AUGGUUGCGAAUUCAUUAGCAGACAUCCAAACGAUCCAUAGACACUGUCAUUCGUUUGAUAGACGAAUCCUACACCAUCGUCGAAAUCGUCUUUCGUGAUGUACCGUGCUUCCAGUGCCUGCUUUCCAAUCACAUUAGUGCAUAGAACAAACGCAGCUGCAGCAAAGUAUCUUCCAGGUGUUGCGAUCACUUUCAAUGUUGGAAAUUCUCUGCAUGAAAAUAGCUGAUCGAGACCGGCAUUGAUCACUUCGCACAUCUCUGGGAAUCGUUGUUCCUUGUCCAAUUUACUAG